AUGGAUGAUUAUAUUAAUACCCUCAAUGAUGCAUCAAUUGGUAUUUCUGGAGAAGGUCUUCUUGAUGCAGCACAGAGUGUUGGUUGUGGAGGAUAUUCUAAUUCUUCCAUGAGUGCCUCUGCUACCCCACCCCCUAGACGGCGCAAGGUGGUGGCAACUAGGAACAAACAGACCAACUUCUCAGCAUAUGAAGAUGAUGUGCUUUGCAAAUCUUGGCUGGAGAUCAGCUGCGAUCCUGUCAUCAACACCGGCCAGAGGAGGGAAUCCUUUUGGGUUCGUGUGGUCAACAGAUACAACUCAAAAUGCAGCACCUAUCCGGAGAGGACACAGAAAUCAAUUAUGAGUCGUUGGGAUCACAUCAAGGCCGAAGUGAGCAAAUUCUCUGGAUACAUGGCUGAGAUGAUUCGCUCCAAUCCUAGUGGCAUGUUGGAUGCAGAUAAGUCUGUGGCUACUGCUGCUGAUUUUGCAGCCAUAGAAAAACAUAAUUUCACCCUCAUGCAUUGCUGGCAAAUCUUGAAGGAUGAGCCCAAAUGGAUGGAGCUCAAAAGAAAAAUGGACACCCCUCAAAAUAGUGCUUCCAGGGAAAAUGUCCUCACUAGUGAACAACGCAAUAUUUUGGAUCUUGAUCCCGAUGAUUCCUCAGCAGCUAGCUCAACAGGAAAACGACCCAUGGGGAGGGAUGCAGCAAAAGCGGCUAAGGAGAAAGUUGCUGCUGCGUCAUCUGAGUACGUGUCCAAGAUGCAUGACCUCUCAGUUCAAAAGAUUGAAUUAUUCAAGGAAUCAGAGGUUGAGCAAAAGGCCCGGCUUGAUAAAAUUGUUACUCUAGAGAAAGUGAAGGUAGAGGAGGCUCGCGAACACUGCAAGAUGAUGUUGGAGCUACAGAGAGAAAGGUUAGCUAUGGAUAAGCAACGGCUUAAGAUGGAGGCUGAAAAGAAGGAGAAGGAAGAGUACGAGCGCAUUCUGGAAAUUAACCUUGAUCAAUGUCAACCCAUGCAUACAAUCUAUGCAUAUGUCAUAUGUCCGUCCAUUGACACUGAACUGAACAAGAGGUGUCUCUCCUCGGAUAUAUGCUGA